AUGGAGGCAGCAAUGAAACUAGCGCGACAGUACUUCUUGGAGAAGGAGAACCCCGAGCCAACGAGGGUCCGUUUCAUCUCUCGAUAUCAAUCUUACCAUGGAACAACCCUCGGUUCUUUAAGCAUGGGUGGUCAUGUUGCGCGCCGGGCCAAAUUUGAGCCCCUGCUUAUAGAAACAAUCUCGAAAGUCUCGCCUUGCUACGCGUAUCGCGGUAAGAAGAAUGGCGAAACGGACGAGGCCUAUGUCCAGAGACUGGCCCUCGAGCUUGAUCAAGAAUUUCAGAGGGUUGGUCCCGAGACGGUCUGCGCAUUUGUCGCAGAACCAGUUGUUGGUGCUGCUCUAGGAUGCGUGCCAGCGGUGCAAGGCUACUUCAAGGCCAUGCAGGAAGUAUGUCGUAAAUACGGCGCUCUACUCAUCUUAGAUGAAGUCAUGUCGGGAAUGGGACGCACUGGAACUCAUCACGCAUGGCAACAAGAGGGCGUUGUGCCCGACAUUCAAACAGUCGGCAAGGGCCUCGGGGGUGGUUAUCAGCCCGUCGCUGGAGUUCUCAUCCACAAGAAUGUCGUCGACGCCCUUGAGAAUGGCAGCGCAGUCUUCAUGCAUGGACACACUUACCAGGCGCACGCCGUAAGUUGCGCAGCGGUUGUUGCGGUGCAACAGAUUAUCCGAGAAGGCAAUCUCAUUGCCAACGUCCGAGAAAUGGGUGAGCUCCUUGGGAAGUCACUGCAGGCACGCCUAGGUUCCCACAGCCAUGUAGGCGAUAUCAGGGGUCGAGGGCUCUUCUGGGCAGUCGAGUUUGUGCAAGACAAAGCAACCAAGGCGCCCUUUCCAUCCAAAAACAACGUAUCGAUGGAGAUCAGUGAAUUGGGACUGACAGAACCGUACUCGAUGAUGGUGUACCCAGGCGCCGGAACCGUUGACGGUAUUAACGGGGACCAUAUAAUCAUUGCGCCACCGUACACGGCCACAGGCGAGGAUAUCGAAUUUAUCGUCUUGACUGUCACAAGGCUUGUCGAGGAUUAUUUUUCCAGAUAG